UGUCUCCCAGCCCGCCCCCAUCACUCCCCCUGCUUCAGCAGACUCAGAAGCCCUCUUGUUCCAGGCUGAAACUCACAAGCUCUCAGGUGCCCUCAGGUCCGAGAUGGAGUGGCCUUGGCUCUUUCUCUACCUCUCUCUACACAUCACAGGUUGCCAGAAAACCCCAGCUUUAUUUCAGACUCCAUCACAUAUUGUAGCUCUGAACAACAGUACAGUGGAAAUGGUCUGUGCAAUGAAAAAUGAACAGCUUUCCCAUUUAGGGAUCUAUUGGUACCGAUGGAGCAAGGAGAGCCAAGAAUUCCAGUAUAUACUAUUUUCAAAUGUUUUGCACAAACACACUCUCGGUGACGACAUUGACAAAGAUAAGUUUAAUGUGAAUAAAGGAAGCUUUCGGCAGUCAUACACUCUGAAGAUCAGCAAGCUUCAGCCUUUGGACACUGGUACAUAUUACUGCGCUGUCUCCCAAUACUCAGAGCUGCUCUUUGGCAAUGGAACGGAGCUUAGCGUGGUCAACUCUUUGCCUUCCACUGAAAAACCUACAGAGAAAACACUGCCCCCAAAGAAACCUUUGAGGUGCAAAACCUCCAGCAUAACUCCUGCUAAAAUGAAAGGUUCUUCCUGCAGCGGCUUCAUCUGGGCCCCAUUAGUGACAUGUGCUGUUAUUUUACUGUUGUCUCUGGUUGUUGCCAUCCGUCGCUUUCAGCGGCUGCGUAGGAGACUGCGGCUUCGCUUCAACAAACAGGUUCUUAAGUAAGAUGAAUGCCUGGAGGAUUCUUCUGUGUUGCACAUCAGAUGGCUACUGUAAACGCCACACGAAAUCAACACCUGGAACACAUGAACCAGGAGGAAUGUUAUGGAAAACAAUCUGAGACUUGAAAU